UGAAGGAUCUGGUUCUGUUGCUGCUGCGGGCUAAGCGGGAAAGACACUACACAUUGCGCAGCCGGGACCAUCGCCGGAGCCUGAGGACACUUCUCUGUCGUCACAUUUUACAUGUGGCACCCAUAAAAGAUGAGACUGAGAACACGGAAAGCUUCUCAACAAUCAAAUCAAAUCCACACGCAACGUGCUGCCAGAGCAAAGAGGAAAUACUCAGAGGUUGAGGAUAGCCUGCCUUCAGGAGGAGAAAAACCACCGAAGAAUGAAACCGGCUUGUUGUCUUCGAUUAAAAAAUUCAUUAAAGGAAGCACACCUAAGGAAGAGAGAGAAAAUCCCUCGAAACGGAGUAGAAUUGAACGUGAUAUAGAUAAUAAUUUGAUCACAUCAACACCAAGAACAGGAGAAAAACCUAACAAACAGAUAUCUCGAGUAAGACGGAAAAGUCAAGUAAAUGGAGAAGCUGGUGGUUAUGAAAUGACAAAUCAACAUGUAAAACAAAAUGGAAAAUUAGAAGAUAAUCCUUCCUCUGGCAGUCCUCCACGGACUACACUGUUGGGGACCAUAUUUUCUCCUGUAUUUAACUUUUUUUCACCAGCAAAUAAAAAUGGAACAUCAGGAUCAGAUUCCCCAGGACAGGCUGUGGAAGCUGAAGAGAUAGUAAAACAACUUGAUAUGGAACAGGUGGAUGAGAUCACUACCAGUACUACUACAUCAACUAAUGGAGCAGCUUACUCAAAUCAAGCAGUUCAAGUGAGGCCAUCAAUAAAUAAUGGUUUAGAAGAAGCAGAAGAAACAGUUAAUCGUGAUAUCCCACCCCUUACAGCACCAGUAACUCCAGAUAGUGGUUAUUCAUCAGCCCAUGCAGAGGCCACCUAUGAAGAAGACUGGGAAGUAUUUGACCCGUAUUAUUUCAUCAAGCAUGUUCCACCAUUAACAGAAGAACAACUAAAUAGGAAACCUGCUCUUCCAUUGAAAACAAGAAGCACACCAGAAUUCUCCCUAGUUUUAGACCUGGAUGAAACACUAGUGCACUGUAGUCUAAAUGAGCUAGAAGAUGCAGCACUUACUUUUCCAGUCCUUUUCCAAGAUGUCAUUUAUCAGGUUUAUGUGAGAUUAAGACCAUUCUUCAGGGAAUUCCUGGAACGAAUGUCUCAGAUGUAUGAGAUCAUUCUUUUUACUGCUUCUAAGAAGGUGUAUGCAGACAAGUUACUGAACAUACUAGACCCUAAAAAGCAACUGGUCAGGCAUCGACUUUUCCGUGAACAUUGUGUUUGUGUACAAGGAAACUAUAUCAAGGACUUAAAUAUCCUUGGAAGAGAUCUUUCAAAAACUAUAAUAAUUGACAACUCACCACAAGCCUUUGCAUAUCAGCUUUCUAAUGGAAUCCCUAUAGAGAGCUGGUUUAUGGAUAAAAAUGACAAUGAACUCCUAAAAUUGAUUCCAUUUCUGGAGAAGCUUGUAGAACUGAACGAAGAUGUCCGACCUCACAUCAGAGACAGAUUUCGCUUGCAUGAUUUGCUGCCCCCAGAUUAAAUACAAAGACUUGUCAGAUCACUGAAGGGGGAGAGAAUGCAGGACCCUUUUGGACUAAGACAAAAAACAUUGCCAUUACUGUUGAAAUUUUGCAUUUUUGUACCCCGUCUUGCUUUUCUUAUCUUUGGUGCCCAAUAAUAAUCAAGGGUUACAGAGAGAGACUUUAUCUAUCUCAGAUUGAAUACAUACAGUAGGUAGGCUAAAACAGAAGAGUCUUUAGAACUAGUGCAACUCCAGUGAAAUUUUUUUAUGUACAGGACAUCUGCAGUUUAUAAAGAAUUCUGUUUCUGCCACCAGCAGUUUGACCUGUAGUCACACAGGAUUUUAUGAUAAUAACAGAGAUGAAAAUGGACUUUUAAUUUUCUCUCUGUUUGGUGCUCUAAGUGGGUUUGUAGCCACUUUUCUGUUACUUUAAGAUUCUCAUUUCAACAGGAAUGGCCAGUAAAAGUUGUUUUAUUUUUCCUGUUAAGGUUUAUAACCUUUUUACAUUUUUGACCUGUAUUAGAUUAGAAUUUCAUUAUGCAUUCCUUUUAGUUGAGGCGCUUCAUAGUUUUCUGGAAAUAGUCAAUUUUUAGUUUUUUAUUAUACAUUUGAAUGGCCGUUUUCCUGCUUUGUCUGCCUGCAUAUUGUAUAUUUGUUUAAAAAUAUUCUCUGCUUUUAGUCCAUGUAAGUUUCAUUUAGAAAGACAUACAUUUAUAUUUGGUUUCUGUAAUAUUCUACUGUAGGUGAAAUCUUUUCAAAAAUCAAGAGACUGGGUAGAUAAGAAUAUAUGAAUGACUAAUAUUCAAAAGAUUUAAACCAUUGUGAUAGCAUGUAUUCCAAAUGGUAAUAUCUUGCAGUGGCACACAGAUUUAAUGGAUAAAGGUAUACCUCAGACUUCACUGUGCUCACCAAUCUUUGAGGAGGCUGGGUUUGGUCAGCUGUUGGGCUUGAUUUGGUUACUGCUGCCUUUGGUUUUCUUCAGGAAUGAAGUAUUCAGCACAGUGACUCAGUAUUUUUAGUUAUUUUGCAUGGGCUGGUAGUACCUCUGUUAUGCUCUCAGUUACAAUCAGCUUAAAACUAUGUGUAACAGUUUUGGUACCUAACACUAGCUAUGCAUAAUCCUGUGGCACAGUACACUCCCGAGCCACCAAUGCAGUUAAUAUGCUCUCAUAGUGGUUUUCUAUGCUAUAUGAAAAUAGUCUUCAAGCCUUGGUUCUCUAAUGCAGCUACCAUAAAGAGGUUGAUAUUUUUAUAGUGGUGUGUAAUCUCCUUUUCAAGAGGCUUUUUAUGGAAGGUAGAAUUUGUAAAAGUUAGUAUGCUUUGCCUCUACUGCAUUAACAUGCCAUAGGCUCAGACUGUUUUUGUGUAAAGGAUGUCAAAGAACGGCACUUUUUCUAAAGAGAAGUUUGAUAUUUUGUAUGCUUGUUAAGAAAGUACAGUAUUGGAAAUUAAAGGUGGACAACUGAUAAUUGAGGAGUAUGUCAAUUAAUUUUUUAUGUAUAUUACCUGUUUACUUGUACAACUUUAUUGUACAAAUUACAUGCAGCUUCAUUUUCAAAUGAGUCCUUAAAAUAAGGAAAUCUUUUUAGGAAAACAUUUAAUUUUUGUAUUUUUGAUUUUAAAGGCAUGAGUUAUGUCAGUUUUCAGUGUAUUAAUGAAGAUUUUAACUUUUCAUCAGGUUGAGUGUUUUCUUACUAUAUUAUCUGUUGUGUAUGUAGUUAGCAUAUUGUGUCACUGAACUGUUUAAAAAAUUAGCAUGUAGAGCAAGCCUGUUUUGUGGAAAAUCCUUAUUCAUUAAAAAAGUAAUCAUGGCAGAUUUUCUGCAAAAAAAAAAAAAGCAUUUGCAAUUCAGAAUACUGAUUUUUUUUUUUUUUUUUAAUUUAAAGAAAGGUAUUUUGCUUGCAGGAAAAAAAUACUACAGAUUCAUUUUAAUGAGAAUCUUUGAAAUGUAUUUAUCUUUAGGGCAUCUGGGCAUCUUUAUGCUGUUUGUCUUCUGUCUUUCUUGAAAUAAAAUGUACAUAACAUUACCUUUACAUAUGCUCUUACUCAAAAUUGUGAACCUAGUUAUAUUUCGCCCUGCUCCCUUCCCUUUAAUGCUCAAAUAAGCAAACCCCAGAACCUAUACAAGAUCAGAACUUUCAGUGUGCAUUAUAACUGCUGAAAGUUUUUCUGAUUAAAUAAAUACAAUUCCAAAGGGCUUUCCAACAUUAAAAGGGAAGUAUAAACACCUAUACUAUUGUGCCUGUGAGCACUUUAAUAAUGAGCACCAACUUUUAAAUUAAUCCUCUUUUAUUAAUGGUAAAUCUGUUUUCAGUCCCAUGCUAGGAGAAUUAAAGGCAACUGACAAAUGAACCAGGCAUAACAAACUUCUGUAAAGAAACUGAGGGAAAUUUUUAUGGCCCAAGAACAUUUGACAACAAUUUAAUAUUUUCUUCGGGUCAUUUUAAAUUUGUUGUUAAUAUAAAACCUUAAAUAAUUUAAAGAGAGAUAAUUUAUCAACCUUCCUUCCUCCUAUUUAAUGUUUUAUUUUCCAGUACCCUUUUUCUUUAUUGGUACAUGUUAUCUUAAGCACUUCCACUUACUUAAAUGAAAGUGCAUAUUUAAUGAAUUGAGAUAUGCCUAGCCCUUCACCUCACACAGGAAACAUGAACUCUUAAAGACCGACUGUAGUAAAUGCAGGAGAGAUGGAUGAUACCCGAUGAGACACAGCAGAAGUUGACCUAUGUACACAUUACAGCUCUGAAGUACCUAUUAACAUGUGAUACUUCCAAUGAUAAAUGUCUGGCUUUUAAGGCAUUCUUUUAACUAUUUGUAUCAUUGUUAGGAUGUUUUAAUCAGUUGUGUUUUUUAAUUCUAUGUAAUAUAUAUGUAGCCCUAAUCAGAUUUAUAUCACAAUAUUUCUCCUUGGGUCUUAAAAGAGAGUUGAUGACAAUUCGUUACCAUAAAUUGUUUUAUAUUAGUUAGUAUAUGUAUAUUUAUUUACCUGAUGGCUUUAUCUGUUUCCCAAAAUUUGUUUGGGAUUGUUGAAAGCAUUGUAACUUCUAUAAAUGGCUAUUUUCUUG